AUGGCAACAAUUUUUAUCAACACAAAGUCUUAUAUAGUUAAGGAUGUCAUAGGUAAAGGAAGCUUUGGAACAGUUUAUAAGGCUUAGGAUUAAUCAAAUAAAAAAUUAGUUGCGAUCAAGAUGUAACAAUAUAUAUCAGAAAAUGAGCUUUAUCUAAUUAGAAAAUUAAUAGGUAAGGAGUUUAAAAAUCUUGUAAAUAUCUUUGAUUUCUAAAUUCAUCAAAAUUAGAUAUCUAUAGUUAUGGAAUUAGGUUUGAAUUCUUUAUAGAAUAAAAUAUAGCAAUCUAAAGUCUCUCCAAAAGAAGCUAGAUAUGUUAUGAAGCAAAUUGCGAAUGGAAUCCAUGAAUUACACUCUCUAGGUAUUGCUCAUAGAGAUUUGAAACCUGAAAACAUUCUUAUUUUUACACUAGAGGAUUAAGAUAAAACUCAAGAAGUUUAUAAGAUUUGUGAUUUCGGAACUACUAAAGACAUAUAAAAAAUGUAGACACCAUGCGUUGGAACACCAUAUUAUUUGGCUCCAGAAUAAUUGGCUCAAGAUUCUCAUUUUAAUUAGCAAGUCACUUAUAAUUAAAGUGUUGAUAUUUGGGCAUUUGGUGCUUUGAUGUAUGAAUUAUUUACAAACUCUCCACUCUUUAAUGGCAAAACCAUUCCAGAAAUACAUCACUAGAUUAAGACGCUUCAUAUAGAAUAAGAGAUUAGAAAACUUAACAAUUUAGAAGAUAAGUAUAAAGAGCUAUUAAUCAAAAUGUUAUAAAGAGAUCCUAAUAAAAGAAUAACAAUUGAAAAUAUUAAAAAAGAAUUAACCGAAAUUACAAGACAGAACUAGUAAUAAACUGUAAUUUAAAGAAGUAAUAUGCCUGUCAUUUUAAUUAAUUAAUCGGCAUUUUAAAGAGAAUCAAUAAGGUAUCCUAAUGGUUUUCGAAAUCAACCCAGCAUUAAUCAGUCCUAAUCUCGAUUUCCAAAUAGUAAACAGAUUGAAUUCUAAAAAAUUACAUAGCCAGGAAUCUUGUAGAACCCAUUUUAAUAGAAUAAUCGCCAGAUUAAUUUAAAUCAGAGUAUCCAAUAAUAAACCCUUAUUAAAAAUGAUGACUAUGUAAGAGGUAGAGAUUAGUAAAGAUCAAUAAGACAAAUGUAUUUUUCCCCACAACUUAAGUGAUUUAUAUUGUUCAAAUGACAUAAAUUAUUUCUUUCUCUCCAA